GGGCUACUAUCCCACUUGAUAGAGCUCUACUCACUGCUCUUCUUGAGCGUUGGAGGCAGGAGACACACACAUUUCACCUUCCAGUUGGUGAGGUGACAUUGACCUUGGGGGAUGUGGUUGUAUUGACUGGUUUACAGGUCCAUGCGAGAGCGGUUACAGGUACAACACAUCGACCAUGGGUUGAGGAUGUGGAGCGAUUGUUGGGUGUUCGCCCCCUUCUUCGAACAGACAUUCAUGGGUCAUCUCUGAAGAUGUCAUGGCUGAGGGAGUAUUCUUUGUUCUUCCUCUGGAGGCAAAUGAUGUGAUGAUCCAACAUCAUGCACGGUCAUACAUUUUGAUGAUGAUGGGAGCCUCCAUUUUUACUGACAAGAGUGGAAAUGAGGUUCAGGUCCUGCAUUUGCCGAUGCUAGAGAGAUUUGAUGUCGUUGCAUACUUCAGUUGGGGUAGUGCCAC